AUGACGGAGGUGCGACAGUGGCAUCACGUCCCAUCUAAACAGAACCCUGCGGAUCUCAUAUCAAGAGGUGCUGAUCCGGUCAAACUUCAACUGUGUGAACUGUGGUGGCGUGGUCCCCCAUUUCUUCUUCAACCUGUGAUGACUAAGUGCCAAGAUGAUAUUCCUGAGGAGUCCGAAGAACUGUACCUUCGCGAAUUAAAACCACCAGCAGUAAGGGAAAUAUGUGCACUUAUUAACACUUAUGAGCCAUUAGAUGUCAUCAAUAAUUGUUCAUCUUACAACAAAUUGCUAAGAGUAGUGGCUUGGUGCAAGAGAUUCUUGUAUAACACCAGGCAUCCAUUGCAUGCUACACGAGGAACGUUGACAACCAGUGAACUUUCUAGUGCGUUAUUGUAUCAUGAUGGAGUACUCAGAGUGGGUGGCAGACUGAAAAACAGUGACUUAAGUGAAAUGAGAAAACAUCCUGUGAUUCUGCCAACUAAACAUAAUUUUACUGUAAAUUCUAGGUCUGUGCAGCAACAGAUGGCUGAUUUACCAGCGGCGAGAGUGACCGUAUCAAGAGUUUUUGCUAAAACAGGACUCGAUUUCUGUGGUCCAUUUGUGGUAAAAAAUUUUGUAGGUAGAAAUAAACAGGCCUUGCACUUUGAAAUUGUAAAUGAUUUAACAAGUGCAGCAUUUAUAGCAGCACUUAAACGCUUUAUUGCCAGGCGAGGUAAACCCUCAGAUAUUUUCAGUGAUAAUGGCAGAAAUUUUGUGGGUGCUCAUAGAGAAUUAAGAGCGAUUUUAAAAUCUUUAUUUAAGGAUAAAAGUAAGGAAGAAAUCAAAGGUUAUUUGGCUACUGAAAGCAUAAACUGGCAUUUUAAUCCUCCCUCUACUCCUCACUUUGGAGGUUUAUGGGAAGCUAGUGUCAAAUCCCUUAAAUAUCACUUGAAACGUGUGGUGGGAAAAACAAUUCUAACCUAUGAAGAAGUUUUUACUCUAAUUGUUUAA